AUGAAAGCAGGCUAUCAAAGCACUAGUAACAUUGCUGACGAAUCUUACGGAGGCAAUCAAUAUCCCAAUCAACAGCAAAAGCAGCCACAGCAAGCAAAUCAGCGACCCUAUUCUUAUGGCAGCGAUGAUUAUAAUGCUAACAGAAAGCAAGCACCUUAUAGCUCUCAGCAAGGCUACGAAUCUAACUACAAUCAACGAAAUGUAAGCCCCAAUGCAGCUAUGAGCCAGAAUAGAUCAUCACAGUCUAAUUAUGACAAUGCUCACUCUAAUAUGCAAGAACGCGAUUACUCAAAUCAGCGUCGUCCAUAUUCUGGGAACUACCAGGAUAGUUAUACUAAUCAGCAGCAAUCAAGCAACCAGUACAAUCAAAGUAAUCAACGACCAAAUAGAUCAAGUAGACCUUCUAUUCUUGAUGAAAGUAAAGGAAAACCUCCUAAUUUUACUGGCGGUGAACAAAACUGGCAACAGCCUCAACCAUCUACAAAUUCCUAUCCGCAACCAAAUCGCAAUACGGAGAGAAAUAAUUAUUCAAAUGGUAAUGGAUAUGAUUCCAACUCCUAUCAGAAUCAAAAUUAUAGUAAUCAAGGUUAUGGCGGGUCUCAAAAUAAAGCCUAUUAUGAUUACAAAAAUCCCAGUUCUACUGCUGAUCAAUCCCAGCAAGGUUAUACAGCCCAGUAUAGCUAUGAUUCAAACGCUAACCAAGGCUACAGCAGCUAUGAUCAAUAUGAUAAUAACAAUCAGCAAUAUAAUCAGGAUUAUAACGAUUCUAAUGGCGGGAAUCAAUGGGAUUCUUAUGGCAAUCAACAGCAACAGCAACAGCCACAGCAAAAGCAGACUGAUAAUUACGUAAAUUCCGUAUUAGGCCACAAUUUGAAAAAUCUACAAGUAUAUCCAUUACCGGCUGAUGAUCCAGGUGAAACUGUAGGAAGAAGUCAGGUAGAUUCAAAUUAUCAACAGCCAUCCACAACUGCAGGUAUACGUAGAAGUCCUCGUGCUGGUGUUGAUAAUAAAAAAUCUUGGAAUGGUGGCAAUAGUCGCUCCAAUUUAGCUCUCAAUAUUGAGGAAUCUGAGACUUCAGAUAUUUCAAAUGAAUCACCACAACAUCAGCCUAGUUAUGGCGGAGGUAGAAAUAAACAGCCACCAACGCAAGGUGAGGGAAGACCAUCGCAAGAUCGAACUAUUCGAGUAUCGAAAGGCGCUACUGUCUCUGUUGGUGGAAACCGAGGUAGAGAUAUGAAUUCAGGGCCAUCGAGAACUAGCGAUGAAAGACCGGCUAAUUCUGGUAUGCCACCGAAUCGAAGAUCUGCAGCAAAUUAUCAAGCUACUACAUCAACUAAUCAGCAAGAUAAUCCAUCAAACAUGGAAGAUUAUGAUAACUCUGUAAGGCCAAAACCUUCAGCAAGAGUAAGCAUGAAGCUUCGUCGACCGCAACAAUUUUAUAAUCAAGAUAAUGAAAGUGGUUCAAACUAUGAUCGAGAUAAUCAAGACUAUGGACGCAAUGAUCGAGAACGUCGUAACAAUGCAGCAAGUCAAUCUCGAGGUGGAAGGAUUAGUGUAGCUGCUAGCAGUCGCCGUAAUAAUGCACCUGAUGAUCGCUACAAUGAAGAAAUGGACAAUGAUAAUUAUAACCAAUCUUCCAAUCAAGCAGAUUAUAAUCGACGCCCAUCACCAAAUCGUGGAGCGCGAGUUACAACUGGACCUAGUAAUAAUGUUCCAAGGCGUCCUCGCAAUGGCGGUGAUAAUAGUGAUGCACCGAUUCCACGUCCACGUACCCAGUCAGCUAAGGGUAAAGGAUCGAUACGUAUGAGAUAA